AUGGCGUUGGGUCGGCUGUCGAUAGAAGAACAGUUCGAGGCGCAGUGCGACGCGCAUGGGCGCAGUGCGACGCACAUGGGCGCAGUGCGACGCGCAUGGGCGCAGUGCUACGCCCGCAUGGGCGCAGAGCGACGCGCAUGGGCGCAGUGCGACGCACAUGGGCGCAGUGCGACGCGCAUGGGCGCAGUGCGACGCGCAUCGGCGCAGUGCUACGCCCGCAUGGGCGCAGUGCGACGCGCAUGGGCGCAGAGCGACGCGCAUGGGCGCAGAGCGACGCGCAUGGGCGCAGAGCGACGGGCUCGGAUUCUUCUCACCUCCCCUCUCCCCUGCUCACGUUCAGACAGUGACGCCCGUGCGGCGCGCUCCCCGACCACGUCACCUCCCCACCACGUCACCUCCCCCACCACGUCACCUCCCCACCACGUCACCUCCCCCACCACGUCACCUCCCCCAUCACGUCACCUCCCCUCUGGGCCGUCUUCCGGGCCGUGCACGCCGUCGCUCAGCCACGUCAUCACCUCCCCUCUGACGCCCUGCCACGUUACCUCCCCUCUGACGCCCUGCCACGUCACCUCCCCUCUGACGCCCUGCCACGUCACCUCCUCCCCUCUGACUUCCUGCCACGUCACCUCCUCUCUGAGGCAGGCCAACGCAUGUGUAACCGCAUUCGGUCCUGUCGCUUGCGCCUUGCACCGCACAUGGCCACUUCAGACCGCGCAUGCAUUCGGAACUGAGGAUCGUACGAACUCCAUUGCUCCGAAUAGCAAGGCCCUCUGCCUGAUGUACGGCCGAGAUCUCGCGACGGCGGUUCGGGUGCUGGAGGACCAAUUGCAGGCGAGCCCGCUGACAGCUGUCGAAGAGACAGUGGUGCUCAACCUGUGCUCCAUGUACAAUCUGGCGGCGUCUGAUACGCUCAGCGCCAAGAGCACGCUCAGCAACUGGCUCACGCGGCUCGCUCCGGACGACUGCACUCGGCUCUAG